GGCGCCCAAGUAUGGACGUUUACGCGUGCAAUCGCUCUAUCUGUUUAACCAUUUUAGUAUGUAAAUACAUCGAAACUUUAAGACUUUAUGGAGAACAAUGGCUGGAAGAGGCAGAGGACGAGGAAGAAAUGUUUCCUUUAACGUGGAAGCGCUAGGUUUCGGCCGAGGGGAGGCGUUACCUGGUCCAAUUUUGCAACCUCCUCCUUUAUAUCCUCCAACAGACUUCAAGCCUGUACCACUACUACAGGGAGAAGAAUAUGAUUACAUGUUGGCCUUGAAACAGGAGUUCCGUGGAGUAAUGAAGAGAUCACAAUAUUAUCUUCAGACAUCCACAAACCGAAAGGACAUAGACAGAUACUCUGAUAAAUAUCAGCUACAUAAUGACUCAGAGGGUAAAUGGGAACCAGAUUGGAGAAGAUUCCCAGCAGAGUUGAAAAUAACCUGCAAGAAAACCAGGAAAGUUGGGUUAACAUUGAAACCUAAUAUACCCAAGAAGAAGCGAAAAGUAGACACUGGUGAUGUUCGUAAAACUCUGGAGGAAUUAGAGAAAAGAGAAGAAAAGGGAGAAGAAAGUGAGACAGAUGAAAAUGAAGAUGAAAACAAAAACGAGGGAGAUGAAGAUGUAGAAGAAGAGGUUUAUGAAGAAGAUGAGUUAGAAGAGGAAACUGAUUACCUCCUGUCCUAUUUCGACAAUGGUGAGGAUUACAAUGAUGGGGAUGAUGACGCUGAUGAGGGACCUGUGUACUGACGACCAGUGUUUACCUACUUCUACAAGUUUGGACUUCGACUGUGUGGAUUUUUUACGCAAUAAAAAAAUAACCAGUGUUAUCAACAUUAAUUCCAUCAUGUUGAUAAAAAUAGAAUUAUAUUUGAAAUGAAAUGAAAUUAAGGCACCAUUAAAGACAGUCUUUUAGGUAGAUAGUAAUUUAAUCCACUAAUACACAGCGGAAAUCUGUUAUUGGAUCUCAAUUUAUAUCCGUAGGAAUCUACUGAAAGACAAUACACUGACAAUGAUCAGGGUCGUAUUAUGUAUUUUUGAAUAUGUAGUACAUUGUAUGUGUAACAAAUGAGGUUGGUCAAGUUCAUUUGAAAAUUCCAGACAAGUGAUGAAAUCACAGAUGAGCUCUCAAAUGACAUUCCAGAUUAAAGUACAUGUUUAAUUUGAGCAUCUCAAGCAUCUCACAUCAAUAAGAAGUGUCUGAUUUCAUUGACAAAUCUCUGUAGUCUUCUGGUUUAUAAAUCCUGGUAUUUUAUACAUAUACUUAGGUUAGUAAAGCAUCCAUACACAUGACUUCAACAAGUUUUCUACUUAUCAUGGUACAGCGAAGGAUGCAUAACUCAUGGUGCUUGUAUCCGUGUAUAUAAAUUUGUUUAUGUCAUGUUAAUAGUACAAACCAACACAAGGUUAUAAGUAUUGUUGUGUCAUCAGCAGAUGUUUAUAAUGAUUUGAAUGAUAAAUUCUGUUUUCAAAAACUU